GCCCUAGCGGAACCAGAUGCUGUGCUGGAUUGUGCAAGGCCUGCUGUGCUUCCAAUGACUGCGAAGUUGGGAAGGUAUGCUGUGGUGGAAAGUGCAAAACGGGCUCCUGCUGCGCUUCCAAACCCAAGUUGUGCAAUGGAAAGGUAUGUCCAGUGGGCACCAGAUGCUGCAAUGGAGGGUGCAAGGCUUGCUGCCAAAACACAGACUGUGGGAACGGGAAGGUGUGCUGUGGGGGAAAGUGCCAAUGUGGCUCAUGCUGCCCUUCGGACCGGGGCUGCUGCAAGGGAAAGAAAUGUCCUCGGGGCACCAGAUGCUGCAAAGGUGUGUGCUAUGCAUGCUGCAAGGCCACCGACUGCGGAAAGGGGAAGGUGUGUUGUAAGGGAAAGUGCGAACGUGGCUCAUCCUGCCCUUCACAGCCGUGCUCUUGCAAUGGAAAGAAAUGUCCUCGGGGCACCAGAUGCUGCAAAGGCAUGUGCAAGGUAUGCUGCAAAGCCACCGACUGCGGAAAGGGGAAGGUGUGCUGUAAGGGAAAGUGCGUGCGUGGCUCAUGUUGCCCUUCAUACCCGGGCUGCUGCAACGGAAACGUAUGUCCUCGGGGCACCAGAUGCUGCAAAGGUGUGUGCAAGGCAUGCUGCCGGGAUGAGCACUGCAGACGGCGACAGAUCUGCUGCAGGGGAGUUUGCAAGUAUGCCCAGUGUUGUGGUGGUCCAAGGUGCUGCAAUGGCAGGUUGUGUCGCCGAGGCACCAAGUGCUGCAAGGGGAAGUGCAAGAAGUGUUGCCACUCGACGCACUCGUAGGGAUUGCCGCACGGGCUUCUUCUGCUGUGGAGGAUGAUGGAGGGGUUGCUGCACAAACUCGCACUGUGGGAAAUGGAAGGUGCUGAAAUGGGUGGUGCAAGUAAUUGUCAUACUACCGUCUUAGGUCAAAGACUCAAAGAAGUGUUGCACUAGUCUGUGCUGAUGAAAAAUUGUCUGGUCCUCUCAGGCUUCCAUGAAGGGACGUGCUGUAGAGGGCAGUUUAAGAGCGCAAUGCUGCAGACCACGUGCAUAUGGUGGUUGCUAGUUGAUAGACAUCAAGAAGGUGAAUAACAUUCGGCUGUUCAGAUAUUGAAGAGCCCUUAGAGGAUUUCGAUUCCAAUCUGAUCCUUGAAGGGGAAAAAGAUGCCAAGUGUGUACGGGAGAAGUAUGGCAAGGGUGAAGAUGAGAAAUAAGGAGAUAUAGAGGUUUGGCAUGAGAAACUCUGACGUAAAGGAAUUCUCCUUUCUUAGUUCUGUACCCUCGUUUCAGGUGGGAAGCAGGAUCCCAUAUUUCAGGACUCCUGGUCGUGCAUGCACUACUGCGUCCGUAGCCGUAAUAGCAUGGUAGACAAUGAAAAGGUACUUAGUCU